GACGACGACGUGGAAGCUUGUGGUGGGAUAGAGCUCUCGACUCGGCUAAACUCGAUCGGCCGAUCUCCGACUGUGGAAUCCGGCGUCGGUACUGGGAUCACAGAUCUCCUAAACAGCAAUGGCGGAUUCUCGUGGUGGAGGAGGGUGCUGCCCUCCCAUGGAUCUCUUUCGGUCCGAGCCGAUGCAGUUGGUUCAGCUCAUUGUCCCCAUCGAGUCUGCUCAUCUCACCGUCUCCUAUCUCGGCGACCUCGGCCUCAUUCAGUUCAAAGAUCUCAAUUCAGAGAAGAGCCCCUUUCAGAGAACCUAUGCAGCUCAGAUUAAAAAAUGCGGAGAGAUGGCUCGCAAGUUACGCUUCUUCAAGGAACAAAUGGAGAAGGCAGGUGUAUUGCCGUCAUUGAACUCUGAUGCCCAGGCUGACAUCAACAUGGAUGACUUGGAGUUGAAACUUGGGGAACUUGAGGCAGAGCUGGUUGAAGUGAAUGCAAAUGAUGAAAAAUUGCAGCGUGCUUAUAAUGAACUUGUGGAAUAUAAACUUGUUCUCCAGAAGGCGGGUGAGUUUUUCUCUUCAGCUCUAAGCAGUGCUGCUGCGCAGCAGAGGGAAAUUGAAUCUCGCCAAUCUGGGGAAGGAUCAUUAGAGACCCCCUUAUUGGACCAGGAAUUAUCAGCUGAUUCAUCAAAGCAGGUGAAGCUGGGGUUUGUCACGGGCUUGGUUUCCAAAGAGAAGUCAUUGGCAUUUGAAAGGAUUAUCUUUCGUGCUACGAGGGGAAAUGUAUUCCUCAGGCAGACUGCUGUUGAAGAACCUGUCACUGAUCCUGUUUCUGGAGAGAAGGUGGAGAAGAACGUUUUUGUUAUUUUCUAUUCCGGAGAAAGAGCAAAGACUAAAAUACUGAAAAUAUGUGAUGCGUUUGGUGCAAACCGUUAUCCUUUCUCGGAGGAUGUCAAUAAGCAAAGUCAAAUGAUUACCCAGGUCUCAGGAAGGCAAACAGAGAUGAAGACCACCAUAGAUGCUGGUUCUCUUCAGAGAAACAGUCUGCUAAAGACAAUUGCAGAACGAUAUGAGCAGUGGAACUCAUUGGUUAAGAAGGAGAAAUCCAUCUACCAUACCCUAAACACCCUCAGUCUCGAUGUGACAAAAAAAUGUCUUGUUGGUGAGGGAUGGAGUCCUGUGUUUGCCACUAAGCAGAUCCAUGAUGCUUUGCACCGAGCUUCAAUUGAUUCAAAUUCUCAGGUUGGAUCCAUUUUCCAGGUCUUGGAUACAAAGGAAGGACCACCUACUUACUUUCGCACAAACAAAUUCACUACUGCCUUCCAAGAAAUUGUUGAUGCAUAUGGGGUGGCAAAGUAUCAGGAAGCAAAUCCAGGCGUGUUUACUAUUGCCACAUUCCCCUUUCUGUUUGCAGUAAUGUUCGGUGAUUGGGGCCAUGGAAUAUGCUUGUUGCUUGCAACCCUUGUGUUUAUAGCAAGGGAAAAAAAACUUUCCAGUCAGAAGCUUGGAGAUAUCACUGAAAUGGCAUUUGGUGGUCGUUAUGUUAUUCUGAUGAUGUCAGUGUUCUCUAUUUAUACUGGUUUGAUCUAUAAUGAGUUCUUCUCGGUACCCUUCGAAUUAUUUGGCCGCUCUGCUUAUGAUUGCCGUGAUCCCUAUUGCCGGGAUUCCACUACAAUUGGUCUGAUUAAAGUGCGCGAUACUUACCCAUUUGGUGUCGACCCUGUAUGGCACGGUACACGCAGUGAAUUGCCGUUUCUUAAUUCACUGAAGAUGAAAAUGUCCAUCCUUCUUGGAGUAGCCCAGAUGAACCUUGGGAUAAUAUUGAGUUUUUUCAAUGCACUCUACUUCAAAAGCAGCUUAAAUGUCUGGUUCCAAUUCGUCCCUCAGAUGAUAUUCUUGAACAGUUUGUUCGGCUACUUGUCUGCUCUCAUCAUUAUAAAGUGGGUAACUGGUUCUCAAGCAGACUUAUACCAUGUCAUGAUAUACAUGUUCCUGAGUCCAACUGACGAGCUGGGUGAAAACCAACUUUUCCCGGGACAAAAAAAUCUUCAGAUGGUUUUACUGUUGCUGGCCCUUGUUGCUGUGCCGUGGAUGCUCUUCCCAAAGCCUUUUCUUUUGAAGAGGGAGUACGAGAAGACUCACCAAGGACAAUCAUAUGUUCCACUUCCUAGCACUGACGAAUCUGCUGAGCUGGAAGCAGCCCAUGAUGGUUCACACGGUGGUCAUGAGGAAUUUGAAUUCAGCGAAGUUUUUGUUCAUCAGAUGAUUCACACGAUCGAGUUUGUUCUCGGAGCUGUCUCGAACACAGCUUCUUACCUUCGCCUGUGGGCUCUCAGUCUUGCACACUCAGAACUGUCCAGUGUGUUUUACGAGAAAGUCCUGCUCCUUGCCUGGGGGUUCAACAAUGUGUUUAUCCUGAUCAUCGGCAUCAUCGUCUUCAUCUUUGCAACUGUGGGCGUGCUGCUAGUGAUGGAAACUCUGAGCGCUUUCCUCCAUGCCCUUCGUCUCCACUGGGUGGAGUUCCAGAACAAGUUCUACGAGGGAGACGGUUACAAGUUCAGCCCCUUCUCAUUUGCAUUGAUAGAUCUCGAAGAGGAGUGAAUGUACCGAUCGACUGGAAAUCGGAUCUUUAUCUUCCUAGUCUGCUCGUGAUUUAGAACGGGUAGCAAGCUUAAGUUAUAUAUUCUCAGUGUGCAUAGGUCAUGCGAUUUGUGAUUCUGAGUUUCUCUUGCCAUUGGAACGUUAGUAUAUUGUAACAAUGAGCAGGUGGUUGAGUAUUGUGGAGAUUUGGGAUCUUGGUGGAGUAGGUCCCAAGAUAGUGUGUUUGAGAUUCCUUCUCUUUGGCCUUUGCCCUCUCCUUAGCAGUUAAAGCAGAUUUGAGAAAAUGAAAAAGAAAGACGGGGUUGUAUGCAACCAAUGGAGUUGAAGAAGUUUUGGCAGUUUUAUGGCCAUGUGUAAUAAAUUAAUAAGGUAUGAAUGAUUUUAUUUCAUUUAUUUCCUUUCUACUUUUAAGCUCAUCUAUGUCUCUCUAUGGUUUUCAUCUUAUCUUCUUCCAUUUCCUCUGUUUUCGUAGUGAAGUUACUAUGAAAAAUUCAUUGUUUCAUU